AUGGACAAUGAGGAUGUUUUCGAAAUCCCUCUGGAACUGAGGACAAGAAUAGUUUGGGAAGAAAAAGCCGACAAUACGUCGCAACGACCAAGAACCAGAUCUCAGAGAGCAGGAAGAAGCUCAGACGAUUUACAGACACAGACAGCAACACCCCCGACAUCGUCCAGACAAGGAAGGAUAGCAGCACCACCCCCCUUCCCUCAACCAGACAUCACCCGACUCCACACCAGAGAACAGGCAGACGCAUUCUACGAAGCCAGAACAUGUUGGCUACAGUUCUACGCGGAAAGUCAUCCACAACUAAUCCCCAGAACACAACACGAUCCUCCAGUAACCACAGAAAACAUCUACAACGAAGACGACUUCGAAGAAUACGCAGCAGAAGGUGAACCAAUACACCUUCCCACACCACAGAUACUCCCCACCGCACCCAACCCAUCUCCUACCCCACCUACCUACACCAUGUCAAACGCUACGACACCCAAACCCACUAUGAUUGGGAAAAUCGACGACUUUGAUGGGACUCCAGACAAGGCCCAAAGAUGGAUAUCGUCCACUGACUUACACUUUGACAUCAACGACACCAUUUAUACCUCGGACAAGAAAAAGGUGUACGUAGCUCUCAGCUACAUGAAGGACGGAACCGCCGCCUCAUGGAGUGAAGCCAAGAUGACCGAAUACAAAGACAAGAACGCCUACCCCACAUGGGCAGAAUUUAUGAAAACAUUCACAGCCAGUUUCAGAACAGCAAAUGUCAAAGGAACGGCUUCGGCCGCCUUGAUGAAAAUGAGGAUGGAACCAGGAGAAAAUGCAGUGGCAUUCAACUCGAGGUUUAUGCUAGAUGCCGGGAAAAGCGGCAUCAACAACAAAGCCAUGAUCAUGGUUUAUCAAAAAGCAAUCCGACCCCCCCUCCUCCGCGGAGCACUCACCGGAAAGGAACUGGUCACCAUUGAAGACUGGAUGAACACGGUGGCCAACCUAGAUGCCAACUGGAUCAGUGCAAACGCCAUCUCGGAAGGAACGUGGGGGACCAGAAACAAAGAAAGACAGUACGACAAAAAUCGCAAAAGUGGACCAUCCACCAGCGUGAAAAGGCUGACCAAAGACGAAGAAGAAACCAGGAGGAAGGAAGGAAGGUGCUUCAUAUGCAACGAAAAAGGACACAUCGGGAGGAAUUGCAGGAACAAAGGAAAGACUCCCAAAAGAAAGGUACGUCAAACCGAAACUGAAGAUGACGUCAAGACAGUGGUAGAAGAAGACAAGGUCCAAAACAUCAUGAGGAUGUGGAAGGAGUUGGGAGAAGACCAAAGAGCUGAGGCGAUGAAAGAAUUAGAAGACGAGGGUUUUUGA